UCCGCAACAUCUCCUCUCUUUAUAGCCCCCUGAUAUUUUUCUCAGAAUGGGCGGUGGCAACGGAGCCAAGGCUGCGCAGAAGCGCGAGCGCAACGCGAAGAAGGCCGGCAAGGAGGCCAAGUCGCAGCUGAAGGCUAACGAGAGCAACAAGACCGCGUACAAGUGCAACUUCUGCUGGAGCUACCUGGACCUGACAAAGUCUCUUGCUGAUGUCCAGAAGCACAUGUCAACGUGCGCAAAGACCCCGGCGGGCCUCACGCCCGACAAAGCCUUCGACAAACUGCCCCCCAAAUAGUUGCAAAGCGAAAUGCCUUAUUUCCCCUCCUCUUCGGAUACAUUUUUGCUGGAUGAAAGAAUAAUUUUUGGAAUAAGGUGGCGGCCGUGACCCAUGCGAUUAGCUACGGAGUAAGCGGGACUUAAAGAGCACGGAACGUACCCAGGUACGGUCCACCGCAGUUGGAUAUUCAUAGAGGUUUCGAGACGAGAUGUAUGGCAGCGACGAGUACAAUGAUAAU